AGUACCCAGCAUGCAUUGCUAUGGCUCAUAGCGCCAUCUUUAGAAAACCGUGGUGUUGAAGGACUUGAAUUACACUCGUGUGUUUCAUUUUACGUUUUAGAUAUUUGAAUGUUUGGACUUUAGUAAUCGCUUGUUGUUAAAAAGUGAGAUGGGGGUGAAGGCGCAGCGACCUCGCUGCUUCUUUGACAUCAGCAUCAGUAACGUGCCAGUGGGAAGAGUGGUUAUUGAGUUAUUCUCUGACGUGUGCCCGAAGACUUGUGAGAACUUCCGUUGUCUGUGCACAGGUGAGAAGGGCCUGGGAAAGGGCACCCAGAAGCCGUUGCACUACAAAGGAAGUUUGUUUCAUAGAGUAGUGAAGGACUUUAUGAUCCAAGGAGGGGAUUUUAGCGAAGGUAAUGGCCGAGGUGGGGAAUCCAUAUACGGAGGUUUCUUUGAAGAUGAAAGCUUCUCCGUCAAACCCAACAAGGAGUUCCUCCUGUGUAUGGCCAACAGGGGGAAGGACACCAAUGGCUCUCAGUUUUUCAUAACAACAAAGCCCACGCCUCACCUUGAUGGCAUCCAUGUGGCGUUUGGUCAGGUGAUCUCUGGACAGGACGUCGUCAGGACUAUUGAGAGUCAGAAGACGGACCCUAACAAUCGACCAAUUUGCGAGGUGAAGAUGACUAACUGUGGUGAGCUAGUUCAGAAAGCCAAAGCCAAGAAAGAGAAGAAGCGCCACAAGUCGGCCUCUGGGGAGAGUGAGAGCGACUCUGACUCGUCAUCCGACUCCUCCUCAGACUCUGACGACUCUGAGAAGGAGUCCAAGAAGAAGAAGAAGAAGAAGCACAAGAAAGAGGCCAAGAAGAAGAAGAAGGAGCAGAAGCGCAAGAAGAAGGAGGCUGAUGGCCGAAAGGAGGGGGCAUCUCCUCCACAGGAUGACUCGGACCUGGAGAGGAAGAGGAGAGAGGCCGAGGUUUUGCUCCAGAGCAUGGGCAUCACCCCAGACACGGCCAUGGUUCAGCCCCUGAGAGUUGUAACAGAGGACACAUGUCUGUUUCACUAUCUAGUCCCCCCUCCCAUGUCCCCCAGUGCCAAGUCAGUGGGCACACCCAGCGAGGCUGGCAGCCAGGACUCCGGAGAUGGCACCACUGGGCCCAGGACUCUGCACUGGGACUCUGAUCCGUCCACUCUCCUGCUCCACUCUGAUUCUCACCUGGGACGCGGCCCACUGAAACUGGGCAUGGUGAAGGUCACUCAUGUGGACUUCCCCCCGAAAGAAAUCGUCUCCUACAGCAAGGAGACACAGACUCCCACACAGACCCAGCCGAAAGAUGAGGAAGAGGAGGAGGAGGAGCUGCCCGUGAUGCCGCCUGCUAUGGAGACUCAGGAGGACGCUCCUGCUCAGAAGGAGGAUGAGGAAGCCCCCCCCCAUGAGCUGACGGAGGAGGAGAAGCAGCAGAUCCUUCACUCGGAGGAGUUUGUGGCAUUCUUUGACCACAGCUCCCGCAUUGUGGAGCGCGCUCUCUCCGAGCAUGUGGACGUCUUCUUCGACUACAGUGGCCGUGACCUGCAGGAUAAAGAAGGAGAGUCGCAGGCGGGGGCCAAACUCUCUCUCAACAGACAGUUCACAGACGAGCGCUGGUCCAAGCACCGAGUGGUCACCUGUCUGGACUGGUCACCUCAGUACCCUGAGUUGCUGGUGGCCUCCUACAACAACAAUGAGGAUGCGCCACAUGAGCCGGAUGGAGUGGCACUGGUCUGGAACAUGAAGUACAAGAAAACCACACCAGAGUAUGUCUUCCACUGCCAAUCUGCAGUCAUGUCGGCAGCCUUUGCCCGUUUCCAUCCCAACCUGGUGGUGGGCGGGACCUACUCAGGCCAGAUUGUGCUGUGGGAUAACCGUAGCAACAAGAGAACCCCCGUCCAGAGGACACCACUGUCUGCAGCUGCACACACGCAUCCUGUAUACUGCGUAAAUGUGGUGGGAACCCAAAAUGCCCACAACCUCAUCAGCAUCUCUACAGAUGGCAAGAUGUGUUCCUGGAGCCUGGACAUGUUGUCUCAGCCACAGGACAGUCUGGAGCUGGUGUUUAAGCAGUCCAAGGCAGUGGCUGUCACCUCCAUGUCCUUCCCCCUGGGCGAUGUCAACAACUUUGUGGUGGGCAGUGAGGACGGCUCUGUCUACACAGCAUGCCGACACGGCAGCAAAGCAGGCAUCGGUGAGAUGUUCGAGGGCCACCACGGGCCAAUCACAGGGCUCCACUGUCACACAGCAGCUGGCCCAGUCGACUUCUCGCACCUGUUUGUCACUUCCUCCUUUGACUGGACCGUCAAGCUGUGGAGCACCAAGAACAACAAGCCACUGUACUCGUUUGAGGACAACUCAGACUACGUGUAUGAUGUCAUGUGGUCUCCCACACACCCUGCUCUGUUUGCCUGUGUGGACGGAGUGGGACACCUGGAUCUGUGGAACCUCAACAACGAGACCGAGGUACCCACUGCGUCGGUGACGGUGGAGGGAAACCCCGCUCUCAACCGCGUGCGCUGGGCUCCGUCGGGGAGGGAGGUUGCCGUGGGCGAUUCGGACGGUCAGGUCCUGAUCUACGACGUGGGAGAGCAAAUCUCAGUCCCGCGGCCAGAUGAGUGGACGCGCUUUGUGCGCACGCUCUCGGAGAUCAAUGAAAACCGGGAGGAUGCAGAAGAGCUCGCCGCCCAGCGAUUGGCUGCCUGAUUGCUAGGGCAGCUUUGAACUAAUCCAAUUGGUUAUUUGGAUCCAGCCUGCACUCUCUUCUCCUGCGUGUUUUUAUUUAAACAGUUCCCUGGCAUGAAAACUGACUAACCUCCACAUUCAGGAAUGUUUUAAACUAGCUAUACCAACACUAACUCAGUACCUACCGCUGCAAUAUGCAAAACUUUUUAUCUUUCGACUUUUUUGUAGUACUGUUUUUCAGUGCAUUAACUUAAACUUUCGACAUCAAUUGUAUUUAUUUAGUAAUGAGCUUCUUUUUAUUCUUCAUAAAAUGUUAUUUUAUACUCUAAGCAGUAUAAGCCGCGUUAGAAACACUAACCGUUAUAUUAGACACGACAUAGGGACGGGGGGUUCUCUUCCUGACUUUGUAUCAUCUGUAGAAAGACGGAAAAGCUGACCUAUCAUAAGUGCAGUCCAGCAGUGGCUUGCCAAUCACAAGUGCGGUCCUGCAGUCAAGUCCCACCUCUCUGACCCUGACGCCUUAAGCCCCACUCACCCCCCAGCCCAGCGCACCAACCAGCCUUGAGUUCUGUAGAACCACACCUGUUAGAUACCCAUUCCGUAGUCGCAUUCCAGAGUCAUUGAGGGUUUGUUACUCAUCCCUUCACACAGAGGACAGUUCAGGUAAAUGUAGAACUGUCACAGAGCCCAUAACAGUAUCUCACCUCACCUAGUGUAGGAAAGUAGAGAUUUGUACUGUAUAAACUACUUAAGUAACUCUUUGAUUGUAACAGAUGGAGAGAGCUGGAUUCAAUACGUUUUGAUGUCAUGACUUCUAUACCUCUCAAUUUUCAUAUUAUUAAUCAGUCCAUGAAUUUUAGAAAGGAAAAAAAAUAGCAUAAUGUUAACCACAGCACACAUUUAGAAUGAGUUUUAUUUUGAUAACGUACAUAAUCAUACAUAUAUUUUUUGCGGCAUGUUUCUCCGACAAGUGCUUGAUUUUCCUAUUACAAGCACCAGGAUCUUGUACCUUUUGGAAAACCAUAGUGUGGGCUACAGGCUCUCUGUACUGCUGCUGGCUUGGUACUACUCGGUAACAGUUGCGGUGCUUUUUUCCUCUUUUCAAACCAAAGCAAGACCUUGUGCUAAGUAUGUUCCAGUGUAUUCAUGAAACGCUAGUCUUCCCUAUUGAAGGGGCUCUGAAGGUGUUCAAAAGAAUCGGGUUAAUUGGUAAAUGGAUGCCGAUCACAAAAAGACACACACACACACAUACACACUUUGAAACACCAAGAGCAUACAUUCCACACAACUCCAGACACAUUCCAGACAUACACCUACGCACACACGCACAUAACUGAUGCACUUGUGGUUUAUGAAUUGUGCAUUUAAAAAAUGGAUAUGACAUGACCAAGUCCAGUAUUCCAGAAAAUUUUCAUAUUUUAUGUUUGUUGUGUGUCCCUCCCAGUCAAUCCUGUUAAGAGAAUUUUAUAUCACUCUGAAACAAAUCUUCCAUCUUUACCCACUCUUGUUAAAUUUAACCACAAUGAUUUAUUCAAUAAAAUACAAGAAUGAAAUACA